ACGGUUUACACGGAACUACUUUCGGAGUUCACUCGCUUGUUAAUUUCGAUCCGUCAGGUUUGCCGGCAGCGGGCGAACGUUUCUUUUCGUAAUUUGCGUUAUCGCAAAAACUAUCAGUUUUUCAACCUGAAGUCGUCGGAUUCCAUCCGAGAAACGUUCCCAAGAGCGCAAUCAAACGAUUUAAGGCCAUCGUUCUCCUUGACAUCGUGUGCUAUCGUUUGGGUCUUGUGAAACCGUUUGCAACGGCGGAACCGUGUACUGCCAGCAGCAAGAUAUUUGCAUUUCGCGAUGUUUAGUCAUGACCGGGAUCAGGGUAGAAGCAGUCGUGGCGGUUCUGUUAGAACGGAAGCUACUAGCAGAGGAAGCAGUGAUAAUGGACGUGGACAAAUUACCAGUAGAUUUGGCACUCCUAGUAGAGGAGGUGUGAGUAAUGUACGAGGUGGAUUAAAGGGAAAACAGCCUGGUGGUGGCCUAAGAAAAAUGAAUUGGGAUCUUCGUACUUUGGAACCGAUACGCAAAGAUUUUUACAUAGAACACUCUGGAGUCAGAAACAGAUCCGAUCAAGAAGUAAAUCAAUUUCGAGAAAGUGCAGAAAUAACUGUAAAGGGUGAUAAUGUUCCUAAUCCUAUACAAUACUUUGAAGAGGGAACUUUUCCGCCUUAUGUGAUGGAGGGUAUUCGUAGACAAGGGUACUCACAGCCUACACCGAUUCAAGCUCAAGGAUGGCCUAUUGCUCUUAGCGGCAGAGAUCUUGUCGGGAUAGCUCAGACUGGUUCUGGAAAAACGCUUGGAUAUAUUUUACCCGCAAUCGUGCAUAUCAUACAUCAACCGCGCCUAAGCAACGGAGAUGGUCCAAUUGUUUUGAUCUUAGCACCGACGAGAGAAUUAGCGCAACAAAUUCAAGAAGUAGCUAACUGCUUUGGGGAGUCUGCAGCUGUGAGAAACUCGUGUAUCUUUGGUGGUGCACCAAAAGGACCACAGGCACACGAUUUGGAGAGAGGUAUUGAGAUAUGCAUUGCUACGCCAGGAAGACUUAUAGAUUUUUUAGAAAGAGGAACUACAAAUUUACGUAGGUGUACAUAUCUGGUACUUGACGAAGCCGAUCGCAUGUUAGACAUGGGAUUCGAACCCCAAAUACGAAAAAUAAUUGAGCAGAUACGUCCCGAUAGACAAGUGCUGAUGUGGUCAGCUACAUGGCCUAAAGAAGUUCGCGCGCUCGCGGAGGAUUUUUUGACGGAUUAUGUACAUCUUAAUAUCGGUUCUUUGACUUUGUCGGCCAAUCACAACAUCACUCAAAUUAUCGAUGUUUGUCAAGAAUAUGAGAAAGAUUCGAAGUUGAAUAGACUGCUUCAAGAGAUUGGCACUGAAAAAGAGAAUAAGACAAUCAUAUUUGUGGAAACCAAACGUAAAGUCGACGAUAUCACGAGAAACAUUAGGCGCGACGGAUGGCAAGCUGUGAGUAUUCACGGUGACAAAAAUCAACAAGAAAGAGAUCACGUGUUACAAGAAUUUCGUACUGGAAGAGCGCCGAUUUUAGUGGCGACCGACGUAGCUGCUAGAGGCUUGGAUGUGGAUGAUGUGAAAUACGUGAUAAAUUUUGAUUAUCCAUCCUCGUCGGAAGACUACAUACAUAGAAUUGGUCGAACCGGGCGUAAACGGCAGACCGGAACAGCAUACGCAUUCUUCACGAGUCACAAUAUGAAGCACGCCGGAGACUUGAUAGAAGUAUUGCAAGAAGCCGGGCAGAAUGUUAAUCCACGUCUUAGUGAGAUGGCGGAGAUGGCCAAGGCUGGAAAUUUCGCCGGCAGAAGUGGAAAACGUUUCGGUGGUUCUUCUGGUGGUAUCAGCACUGACAGGGGUAAUGCCCGAAGAACUAAUGAUAGUAGAGGAAGAGGCGGUUCGACAAGAGGAAGGGGUACAUCUCGCGCCGGGAGUGCUUAUCAGCCUCCCUCGAGUGCUUAUUCGGGAUCGGAUUACAGUAACUAUAGUACUAUAAAACCAAAUACUUCUUUGAGUCAGAACACGACGUACGGAUAUAGCACGCAGAGAAACUACGGACAGAGCAGUAUGCCUCAAAAUUACGGGGGUGGCGACAACUACGGAAGUGGUUAUUCAUAUAGAAGCACAACCUAUUAAUCACGUUUUUAGUGUGUGAUUGAUGGCACGUAAUAAUUGGACAGUGUAAAAUGUCAUGUUUAGUUAUAGCAAAUUCAGUUGAAUACACAUUCGAGUUUAUCGUUUUCUGACUGUUGUAAUAGUCGUAAUAGAUAAGGAUAACACAAGAAAUGAAGAUAAAGUUUGCGGCAUAAUAAAAAAGAAUAUUAAUAUAAUAAUACACGCCACGCUAUACUAUGAAACGAAUAACGGUCGAUUGAUGUUUGCAGGUCAUUAAACAUUUGUUAUAUCUAUAUGUCCACCGAUUGCAUAUUUCGAAUUUAACGCAAUGACUCAAAGAAGUAUCUACGCAAUUUCAAUCCAUUUCAACUUUGCAUGUUAUUCUCGUUCAAAAAAUAUUUGUCAACAUUAACAGAGAUAUAAGUUCCUACAUAAGUGUUAGAGUGCAAUUGUUCAAAAACCAAAGUUUUUAUUUUUCUUAAAUAAUUUUGAGUUCUCUUUUGCAAUAUCUAAAAUAUUUAUUUAUAAAUUUUAUGGAACGUUGCAGAAUUAUGAGAUAAUAUGUAUUUACGCAAAUUUUAUUUAUAGUAUAUUAUACUUUGUUGACUGAUGUUAGUACUUAAGAGAGGAAACAUUGAUUAUACACAACAUAUACACUAUGUCAAAAAAGAAUGUGAGAUGAAAGUUAUGUGAGUUGAAGGUAUUUGCAUGCAAUACCAAGACCAAAGAUGUUAGUAUAGUAAGUAAUAGUAAUUUAACAUUAGGUUCUCGUAUACGAUAUGUCCUAUUAUCGUUUCCUUUUUUUGUGAUGAAUUUCUUGACAGGCCUAGUUUUUUUGUUUAGAAAAGGACGACUAAAAAUUAUAUUUUGCCAUUAUUUUAUUUUUGCAUCUUAGAAAUAUUAUUGUUAAAAUCUUAAAUGAGUAGAAUCUGUUUAGAUUUUUCAAUAAACAUGAAAUUUGAUUUAUUAAAAAAUUUUAAUGUCGAUAUUAACACUUUCUCGACCGUUAUAUGUAUAUUCGGCUCUGCUGAACGCUUGAAGCCGUUCUAUUGUAUCAAACUGAUGUAAAAUCCGACAUUUCAUAUUACACGAUCUAAUAUAAGUGGUGCAAAAAACAGUAAACGUAAAAUUGUGAUGUGACCGAUUUCUGACUUGUACCAAAAUAUAAGCGUGAAUGUAAACGUAAAAUACGUGAGCGGUCGCAAAAGUGUUAAGCAAUUCUAUCUCCCAUUAAAUUAUGACUAUGAGAAAGUAAAAAUUUAUCAACGAAUAUGUAGAAAAAAAGUGCGAUUGUGGUGUGAGCCUUUAUACAUGAAUAUUAAUUAAAUUAAUAUCAUAUAUAAUUAACAUGCUAACGCACUAGUGAUACAGAUCUGCUGUUAGGCAAACAACCGAGUAGAUGAUUGUUAUUAAUUUGCGAUACUCCGGAAGUGGUUUGAUCGAUACGACUGCUUUGUUUUUAAUAUCUGUGAUACUGUAUACAUUCUUUGAUAAAUUGCUGGAAUUUCUUAGAAGAUAUUCAUAUGUAUCAUUCAUUGUUACAAAAUUAAUAAAGCUAACAUUUGCUCUCUUGAAAACCGCCUGCUAAGUUUUUAUCCUAUAUUUUCAAGGUAAAAUAUGUAUCUGUUUGAAAUAUAAUAAUGUUCGACAGCAGAAUACGUUCUAAUGUCGAACAUUUGACAGAAAAAAAAAUCUAUUAUCCGUUCUCAUCCUCUGGUUAAUAAUUGCUACAUAUGAAACAAUGGCAGUUUAUUUCCCGCUACUAUUAUUUCCGCAUAAACAGGAAACUGACUAACCAUCGAGGUAAAAUAUCACGUGUCCGUAGUGUUGUCGCGAUCCGAGUAAAGGGGCGC